AUGGCUGUGCCAGCCGUACAUGGCCCCGCCACUGAUCCGGAUUUGCGCGAUUGCUGCCGCGGCCGCCCGCUGCUGCUGCUGCACGGCGACCUCGACGCAUUUCGCAGGGCGGAGUACGUGCCCCACAACCCCGCCGACCUGAAUCAAGGUGUUGAGGUCCUGCAUUACUACAACCGCCACAAGCCCAACGGCGAGGUGGUCGCCCUGCCCCGGGGCUCCGGCGGCGGCCUCAUGGUGUUCCCAUCGGUCAAGGGCCUCUUCCUGAACGGCAAGGACUCCACCCGCGCGUCAAAGUUCAACAUCGGGCCCAAGAGCCUGGAGGGCGCGUACCGCGCCGGCUACGCCAAGGCGCUGUACGGCCCCUGGUGGGUGGUGGCGGCCGGCGCCUCCAAGGACCCCAAGCUCGGCUACGACUGGGCAGUGGUGUCAGGCGGCGCCCCCAGCGUCCCUACGCUGCACGGCAAGUGCCGCACGGGCGACUUCAUCAAGACGCCCCUGGCCGGCAUGAAGGGCGACGGCCUCUGGCUGUUCACCCGCAACCCGAUCGACCCCAAGCACACCAAGGACGCGCUGGCGGCGGCAGGCGCCCUGGGCUUCGACACCAAGGAGCUGCGCCCGGUGGUGCAGCGCGGCUGCCUCUACGGCGCCCCGCCGGCCGCCGCGGCGCCCGCGGCGACGCCCAAGACGGCGACCACGUCCAAGCCCGCCUCGAGCGGCGCGCCGGGCACGCGGAUCGAGUCCGGGAAGCAGGCGCCCAAGGCGAGGCCGGCGGCGGCGGCGCCGCCCAACGGCGGGGAGCCGGUGGUGACGCGCAAGAUCUUCUUCGAUCUGGCGCAGGGCGGCAGCGAUCUGGGCCGCGUCGUGCUCGGCCUCUACGGCAGCGCGGCCCCGAAGACUGUUGAGAACUUUGCAAAGAUCGCCCUGGGCCAGACCAAGGACGGCGUCAGCUACAAGGGCUCACAGUUCCAUCGCGUCAUCGAGAACUUCAUGGUGCAGGGUGGUGAUGUCACCAACGGCGACGGCACCGGCUCCUACACCGUCUGGAAAGGCAAGGGCGGCCGCUUUGCGGAUGAGAACCUGGGCCUCGCCAAGUUCACAAAGCCCGGGGUGUUGGCCAUGGCCAACGCAGGCCCCAACACCAACGGCGCACAGUUCUUCAUCACCACGGUGGCCACUCCGUGGCUGGACGGCAAGCACCAGGUGUUUGGCAAGGUGCUGGACGGCCUCGACCUGGUGGAUGCCAUCAGCCACAUCGAGGUCGACGCGCAGUCGCACCCCACCCUGCCCGUCACCAUCAAAGCGGUCGGCGAGAUCCCCGUGGUCCCGACCAUCAAGGCGGCCGCGGCCUCCGCGCCCAUCAAGGCCGCCUCCACCUCCGCGGCGUCCAAGGCCGGCAACGCGGCCGCGCACACGGGGGCGGCGCACGCAGGGGCAGCGGCGACCAACGCCGACGCAGCCAAGGCUGCCGCUGCCAAGGCGGCCGCGGCCAAGGCAGCGGCAGACAAGGCGGCUGCGGCUAAGGCUGCGGCGGCCAAGGCGGCUGCGGCCAAGGCGGCGGAGCAGCUGCAGACGCCCGGCCUGAAGCUUGAGUCGGCUCCGAUUAAGGCGCCCGCGGGCGGCCCCGCUUACACACGGUUCAUCUGGUUUGACCUCGAGCAGAACAACAUCGACAUCGGCCGCGUCACGUUUGGCCUCUAUGGCGACGGCGCCCCCGGCGCCGUCGAGAACUUUGCAGACAUCGCCCUGGGCCAGACGGCCGGCGGCCUCAGCUACAAGGGCUCCCAGUUCCACCGCGUCAUUGAGAACUUCAUGGUGCAGGGUGGGGACAUCGUCAAGGGCGACGGCACCGGGUCCUUCACCAUCUGGGACGGCAAGGGCGGGAGCUUUGCUGACGAGAACCUGGGCCUCGCGAAGCACGACAAGGGCGCGCUGUCACUGGCCAACUCGGGCAAGGACACCAACGGCUGCCAGUUCUUCAUCACCGUCGUGCCGACACCCUGGUUGGACGGCAAGCACCAGGUGUUUGGCCAUGUCGUGGACGGCAUGGACAUCAUCGACGCCGUCAGCCACGUCGCGGUUGACGCCAAGGACCGCCCCACCCUGCCCGUCAUCAUCAAGGACGCCGGGGAGAUCCGCCUCACCAACACCGGCGCCCUCCCGUCCAGGACGACCGUCAAGGCCGCGUCGACGCCGGCCCAGGCGGCGCCCGUGCCCGCGCCCGCGCCGGCCCCCGCGCCCGCGCCCGUGCCUGCGCCCGCGCCGGCCCCCGCGCCUGCCAAGGCGGCGCCCGAGGCUGGCAAGGCGCCUUCCUCGGACCCUGAGAUCACCAAGUACGUCUACCUCGACCUUGAGCAGAGCGGCGUCGACCUCGGACGCAUCCUCAUUGGCCUCUACGGCAAGAUGGCUCCCUCCACCACCGAGAACUUCGCGAUGAUUGCGCUGGGCCACACACCCGACGGCGUCAGCUACAAGGGCACCAAGUUCCACCGCAUCAUUGAGAACUUCAUGAUCCAGGGCGGCCGCUUUGCAGACGAGAACCUGCCGGGCGCGAAGCACGACCGCGCCGGCAUCGUCAGCAUGGCCAACUCGGGCAAGGACACCAACGGCUCCCAGUUCUUCAUCACCCUCGAGUGCCGCUCGACCCCAAACCCCUGA